CCCUGCUGCAGGAAGGGACACCUCCAUCUACACCAGGCUGCUCACAGCCCCAUCCAGCCUGGCCUUGAAGGCCUCCAAUGUGGGGCAUGCACAGCCUCCCAGGGCAACCUGUCCCAGUGCCUCACCAGCUCCACAGUAGAGAAUUUCUUCCUAAUAGCUGGUCUAAGCACACACUCUUCCAGUUCUAAGCCAUUUUCCCUCGUACCAUCACUACCUGCCCUUAUAACAAAUUCCACCCUAGCUUUCUUGUAGACCCCCUUCUAUUCUGGAAUGCUGCUAUAAGGUCACCUCAGGGCCUUCUUUUCCCCAAGCUGAAUUCCCCCAGCUCCCUCACCCUGUCCUCAUAGGGGAGGUGCUCCUGCCCUCUGAUCAUCUUCGGGGCCCUCCUCUAGACCUGCUCCAACAGCUCCACGUCCUUGUGUCAGUUGCCCCACUCAGUUUGGUAUCGACUGCAAAUGUGAUGAGGGUGCACAGGAUCCCACUGUCCAUGUUGCCUAUAAAGAUGUUAAAUGGCACCGAUUCUAGCAUGAGUCCCGAGAUGGACGCUAGAUGGAGCUUUCCGGACACAGAUUCACGGGAGGAGACUGCUGCUGAUUCAGUGUUAGCAUUCCUCCUUCCUAUCACAAAGGUGCUCCUUUCCAGCGAAAGGAACCCAAAAACCAUUGGCGCUGUGGCCAGCUCUGUCCCACUCACCGAACUGCUUUGCACCAGUGAGUGCCACCAGCGUGGUUUUGCAGCCCUGGAGCAUCACUCUUUCCCCAUGGGCAUCCCCAAGGCCAUUGAACACAGCACAUUUUUCCACGCUGGUGCAGUCAGAGAUAGGCUGGCUGUUGUGCAGGGGUGUGCAAACCUGUGCUGGAGCACUGCAGUGCUCAGAUGGCAAAGCUGCAGGCAGCGCAGCUCUCCAGGUGCGUACACGUGUCCCCACACCCCGACCUUCUGAAAAUGACCCAGGGCCAAUUCUGCUUUGGUGCAGUAUGGGGCUCCAGCCUCAGCACACAGCACCCACCAGGCAGGAACCAACCUGCCCCCUCCCCAGAUCACUGCGUGUCUCCGAAGAACCAGUGCUGCUUUUCCCGUGCGGUGUUAUAAGGCAGCAGGACACCCUCUGGACGUUUUAAAGCCAGCAUCCAUUGAUGCAGCACUUCACCACCCAUCUACCAUAUCAAAAGCAGCACAAAACCUGAAUGCUUGCCGCAAAAUAACUCAGGCCAGGGCUGCCCGGGAUCGCUGGGCAGGCAGUGGGAGCAGCAUCCUCCUACGGCAGCGAUGCCACGAGCAUGCCCGCUCCCCAGGGAGCCACGCCAGGAGCCGUGGGGCCGCGCUCCCCCUUCCAGCCCCGCGCCCGCUGCCCAGCCCCAGCACAGUGAGAUGGAGCUGCCCCGGGAGUGAUGCUGCUCGCCGAGCCCAUGUGAUGCUGGGCUAGCGCGGCUCCUCCAUCGUCCCCCUCCGCACGCAGGCUGUCAUGGCGACUCCCAAUAACGUUACUCCCACCAACUGCAGCUGGUGGCCCAUCUCGGCGCUGGAGAACGACGCGGGGAAAUCCAAGGAGGGAGAGGAAAAUCAGGAUCCGACGGACCCCGCUCUCAGAUCUCAGGACAGGCUGGUUUUGUACCACUGGACCCAGUCCUUCAGCUCCCAAAAGGUGCGCUUGGUCAUCGCUGAGAAGGGGCUGCCCUGCGAGGAGCGCGAUGUCAGCAUGCCAUUGCUGGAGCACAAGGAGCCCUGGUUCAUGCGGCUCAACCUGGGCGAGGAGGUGCCUGUCAUCAUCCACCGGGACAACAUCAUCAGUGACUACAACCAGAUCAUCGACUACAUGGAGAGGAACUUCACAGGAGAGAACGUCCCCCAGCUGAUCCCUGAGCCCGGGACCCUGCUGCACUCACGGGUGUUGCAGUACCGGGAGCUGCUGGACUCGCUGCCCAUGGAUGCCUACACACAUGGCUGCAUCCUGCACCCCGAGCUCACCACCGACUCCAUGAUCCCAAAGUACGCGACCGCUGAGAUCCGCAGGCAUUUGGCUAAUGCCAGCACGGAACUGAUGAAGCUGGACCACGAGGAGGAGCCACCACUGACAGAGCCAUACCUCUCCAAGCAGAAGAAGCUCAUGGCCAAGAUCCUGGAGCAUGACAACGUGAAUUACUUGAAGAAAAUCCUAGGGGAGCUGGGAAUGGUACUGGACCAGAUUGAGGCUGAGCUGGAGAAGAGGAAGCUGGAGUACCAAGGGCAGAAGUGCGAACUUUGGCUCUGCGGAUGCGUCUUUACCUUGGCCGAUAUCUUGUUAGGAGCUACCCUGCAUCGCCUCAAGUUUCUUGGACUCUCUAAGAAAUACUGGGAGGAUGGCAGCAGACCCAACCUACAGUCCUUCUUCGACAGGAUACAAAAACGCUUUGCCUUCAGGAAAGUCUUGGGAGACAUACACACCACGCUGCUCUCCGCAGUGGUACCCAAUGCCUUCAGGCUGGUCAAGCGGAAACCUCCCUCCUUCUUCGGAGCCUCCUUCCUGAUGGGAUCUCUGGGGGGAAUGGGAUAUUUUGCUUAUUGGUACUUAAAGAAAAAAUACAUCUAAUGCUGGCAGCUUGGUGUUUAGAUUGGUGUCCCUGUGCUGUGUGAAAUUAUGACGAAGCCUCAGUAACUGUAAUGAAAUUUGAGGCAAGGUAUGAAUAAUAAUAUUGUUUAAUGUAACAUUCCAUAGUCUAGAAGUAGAAAAGUAUACUGCAAGGAAAUAACAACAACAAAAAUGCAUCAACUUGUAAAUGCCUUUUUAGGUUUAAGUAUUCCACUCCAGUGGGAGGCUUGGGGGCUGGCCUGGCUCCCCGUGCCCACUGGGAAGCACUGCCAGUGCAAUUCCAGGGGGAGAUGGGCACCCUGAGGAGCUCCCAACACCCAGGUUAGCAGUGGGACUUGGAUACUCAGCCCUGUUUGUGUUUCCAGAGUGUUUACCGGCCACAUUUCACACAUGCUAGUGGGGACUUUCUUCUUCUAGAAGCCAGUGUUGUGCUCGAAGGCUUUUCUGGGGCAGGGUGCAGUAGUGGUUAUGGUGAAGAUGGAUUUGCAUUCUUCAAUUAUCCUUUUUUUUUUUUUUAAUUAUUUUCAUCAAAAAGAAUAUUUUUAUGGAGCUGCUCUUAGCAUACAUCCACUUUCUACGUCUGGUUUUGGUGGGCUUUUUUUAAAAAAGAAUUUGAUGCCUGUCUUUAACUGCCACGUUUUUCUCCUGACAUAAAUGAUUUCAACUUCCACCCUGAGCUUUGGCACAUGAAGGGGAUCCUUGUUUUAUCCUUUUGCCUCCAUCUUGAGUUUCCUUUCAUGGAUUCGCAAAGCAUCUUUCACCGCCUGAGCGUAUCUGGACUCUGACAAAGGACCACCAUUUCCAGAACUGUCAGCACUUUUCUGAAGACGCUUUGGCUUUCCCUUCUGCUGGGGGCUCCUUUCUGUCAUUUCCUCGCUGUGUGUUUUCUUAGAGACACUUUGCACAGAAUCACAUUUAUGACUUUUUUGUGCCUUUUGCAUGUUGGAAAGAAUAAUGGGCCUCACUGCUACUCAUGCUUUGAAAACUGAGAUCUUCAAUAAACGAUAUGGGAGGAGUAACUGCUUCACAUUGCUAAAUGCGUUCAACAAACUUCCAGUCUAAUUUCAGAGCAUGCCCACGUGCAGCAGGAUGUGCAGGUGGUUUGUGCUUUUCCUUUUGUGUUGUACUGGUAUAAAAUUUGCAUGGAAACAAAGCUUAUUCCUCUGACAAGGCACUCAUUUCAGUAAGCACUCCUCUGGCUGGUUUUCAGAGCGUUCUGGUGAUCCCUCGAGUAACGCUGCGUUUGUAGGCUCGGGGACGUAUGCCAAGUGUGGCUGAAGCAAUACGUGUGGCAAUGCCUCCAACUCAAAAGCGAUCUUUCUGCCUCGGAAAGCUGCAGCAUUUCCUAGGAGCUUUGGUUCUUGAUAUGAGCUGGCAGUGAUGGAAUUGUGAAUACUGAGCGGGAGUUAUGGGAGCUGAGCAUGCGGGGAGGGAUCAGCCAAAAGCAAAAUGCACAAAUUUGAACUGUUUGUCAUGAUUGUAUGGGCUGGUCUGACAUAAUUCUAGAACACAAUUUGUGCAGCUACAAAAGCACUGUGUUACACGUUACCUCAGUGACACUAUUGGUGUGUGAGAACCCAAAUCCACCACCUGUGCAGGCACCUAUAGCUCAGGCUAUUGAAUGAAACAUCAGACAUGUUUCCUCAAAUAUUGCUACCAAUUUGCUCCAUGGCAUCAGUGACUUCAGGGAAAAAAUAGUUUUUUUGCUUCUUUUUGAAGAGGGAAACAGGGGGUUCCAUGAGGCCAUCUCUUUUGUUAAUCUGAAAGGUGUAAGAACAUAAUGAUGUCCAUGACACUACAUUCCCCAAAAUACACUGCAUACACCAAAACAAAACCCUUACGAUGGAUUUCACUCCUUUCCCUUUGUAAGCUGCUCUGCAGACACAUUCCCUGGUGAUCUCCAAGAGCCAAUUAAACAUACACACCAAAUAUAGAAAGGAAUUGUAAUUGGGCUAAAAAGCUACAAAACUCAGAAGGAACAAGAACAGAUACUCCCACAGAGCAAAUGAAAACACUGGACAAAAUAGGUGCUUGUUUUGUUGCAGAGCACUCUGUUAUAACUCAGCUGUUAUAAGAAUGCCAGGCAAAGCCAAUAUCUAGAGCAAUGCACAGGUCAGCUCAGACCAAGAUGUGACAGCUGUCUGUUACAUUGCUUCACGCUUUGCUGGAAAGCCACAGAUGCUGUGGUGAUGAGUUUUGUACAGGCUGAUCAGUACUGCUCACAAACGAGCCUUUGUUUUGGACGAAAUAAAAGAAAAAUCAGUGAAGGCAGUGCAACUCUCUCUUGCUGAGCCUUGUUUCCCUACCUUGGUAAUGAAAAAAUACCACAAGUUUCCUCCAGGGAAAAGCAAUCUCCAAGAGCGAUAAAAGGCAAUUACAGUGACAGCAGAGGCUGGACCGAUGUUAAGGACCAUGCUGAAAUGAACCAGGAGAUGAAUGUCAUCACCCCAGUCGAUCCAGAUUAGUGACUUACUAUGAAGUAGCCCUGUGGUGAUUACAGGCUGUCAUAAUAAAAGGUUGCUUUCUCUCUAGCUGAUCUAAGCCUCAUCAAUUCUUCUCCUUUCCAUUAGUUUCAUUUAAAAUUGGAGAACCAUUCUAUACCCCCAUAAGACUGGCCCAGUGGUCCCUGCCUGAGGCAAUUUCUCUACAGAGAAACAUGAAAAUGAUAGCAGAAAUCCGUUUUCUUACUUCAGAACUUUAUGCUCUGCUCUCCGCAAGGAGUGGGCAGCAGCACCCAAGGGGUAAGGCUGGAAGCUGAGGCACCCUGAGAUACAGGGUUUAUUUGCAGCAAACACCUGCUGUUGGAUACCUUACAGUUUGCUGCUGACCAAUUCUGUGGCAGCCUGCUAUCACUGAUGCACUGCCAUAGCUGCAUGAGACAGAACAAACAACUUGUGCUGUAUCAUCCUGCACCACAUUCCUGCACACCUGAUCCAGCCCUGUUCACAGCCCUCCUUCCCUUUCAUGCACUAAGUCCCAGCUUAGCACUGAGGAACCUCUUCACCCUGUAUGUGAAGAUGUUUCUGGCCUUCAAAAUCUCUUAGCUUUAGAAACAAUCAUGCUUUAGGUUCCUAAAGGCUGUAAAAACCUUAACAUGUGCUAAAAUGCUGAACUUGUAAUUACAAGAGGGGAGAAGAUAAGUCACUAUUUGUCAAAUCCAAACCCUUCUGAGCACCUCAGAUGGAGCUCCAUGACAGUGAGUGAGCUGUGGGUACCCAGCACACAGUGUCACUUCUU